GCUUUUCUUCCAGAAGUCCAUGUUUCAUCACUGCACACCAGAGCAGGCGAGUGGAGGGAGAAAAUCAUUUCUGCUUGUGGAAAUGGGCAACGGAGAUGUGGAAUUCGAAACAUUUCUGAUCCCGGUCCAGCCACUGUUUACCCUGCAGUCAGGCUAUGACAUCAGAGCGAGGACUUUAUAAAAGUGCUUGUGCACAGAGCCAGGCAGCGAGCAAACACUUACACAAGCUGAAAAUCUCAUUGUGGUGGAACAUAUUGCAGAACGUAAUGGACAGGCAGCUGAGAGACAAAAGGACUGGAGAGCUGGUGGCAUGGACACUGCUGUUUUACCUGAGCUCGCAGGUGUGCUGUCAGCAGUGUGGCAGCUCAUGUCAGUGCCAAGGCUCUGUGCCAUCCUGUCCAGAAGGAGUUCCUCUCAUUCUCGACGGGUGCCAGUGCUGCCAGGUGUGUGCCCGACAGCAGGGGGAGGCCUGCAGUGAGGUGUUUCCCUGUGAUGGUCAGCGUGGUCUGCAGUGUGACUACAGCGCCAGCUUUCCUGGAGAGCCGGGAGAGUGUGUCAGUCAGAAGGAGCUGGGCUGUGAGCUCAAUGGAGUUUCUUACCAGGAAGGUCAGGUAUUUCAGCCCUCCUGUUCUCUCCAGUGCCAAUGUUCGGGUGGAGGGGUGACCUGUGUGCCCCAGUGCCGUGAGGAUGUUCUCCUGCCCACACCAGACUGCCCUCAUCCUCGAAGAGUUCAACCACCAGGAAAAUGCUGUAAAGAGUGGGUGUGUGAAAAUCUGGACAACACUGUGCUUCAGGAUGCUCACAUAGCCUCCAAAAGUGACCUGACAUUGCCUGCAGACUCUGGAUACCAAACAAGAGUCGUGUCAAACUGUAUAGACCAGAGCUCAGAGUGGAGUGCUUGCUCGCGUACCUGCGGGUCUGGAAUAUCCGUACGGGUGUCCAACCAAAACCCGUCCUGUGUCUUGGAGAUGCAGAUGCGCUUGUGUAUGAUCCGACCCUGCCAGCCUGUCCUCCACAGAAGCCCACAGUGGUCAAGAAGGAAAUGUCAACCCAGCUACAGGUCAGCGACUCCAGUGCGGCUUUUCCACCAGGGCUGCUACAGCACACGGUUCUACAGGCCGCGUUAUUGCGGCUCAUGUACAGACAACCGUUGUUGUACACCAUACCAGACUGGCACGGCAAUGGUCACUUUCCGCUGCCCUGGAGGAAGACUGCUCAAUCAUGCUGUCAUGACCAUCAACUCCUGCAUCUGCCAUUACAAUUGCCCCUAUUCAUCAAGAGGAACAUCAUUCUGGGGUUAGGCACUCACUCUAAUAUAUAGGCUGACUCUGGAUCUAGUACCUUCCUAUUGGAUGCUGAAGUUUUAUAUAUUGUAUCAAGUGUUAAAUGGACUAUUUGUAGAAUUC